UAUAUUUAUAUAUGCACACAAGAAUCAUCUCUUUGAAACAUCCCUUGAUUUUCAGUUGGAAAAUCAAAUUUUGGGAUCAAAAUUUAGCUUCUUUUUUGGCCAUUUUAGGUUAAUCGAUCUGAAGAUAUGGUGGAAACGAGGCGGAGUUCUUCUUCCUUCAAGCGCCCCCUUCCCUCACCUCCAUCAUCCCUCCCAAAUCGCAAACGAUCCAAGGGAGCGGAGGCGUCUUCUUCUUCUUCCCUGAAUGAUUUGCCGUCUUCGGAGGAAGUCGUUGACGCGGUGGAGGGGAAGGAAGUUAUAGCCGGAUCGGCUGAUCUAGAUAACGGCGGCGCAGAGAAGCCAUCGGAGGAUGUGGCGGCGGGCCAAUCGUCGGAGGCCGUGGUUGCAGGUGAUUCCAUAACUGGUGCAGAGAAAGGGAAAUCUAGUGGGCCGCCUUUGAACCGCGGAAAGAAGGGGCAACUGAAAACUAAUGCCGGGGCUGCAUGGGGAAAACUUAUAUCCCAGUGUCCACAGAAUCCACAUGUUGUCUUGCAUUGCCCAAUAUACACUGUUGGCCAAGGCCGCCAAUGCAAUUUAUGCGUGAGAGAUCCAACAAUUAGUAAAUCUUUGUGCAAACUGAAGCGCAUGGAGUCUGAGGAAGGAGAAUCACAUACGCUGCUUGAAAUCACUGGGAAAAAAGGAUCUGUACAAGUGAAUGGAAAACACUAUUACAAGGAUACCACGAUCCCUAUAAAUGCAGGUGAUGAGGUGGUGUUCAGCUUGUCCGAUAAACGGUCUUAUGUUUUCCAACAACUCACCAAUGAAAGUGCAUCUCCGAUGGAUGACCCAACAUCGGUUAGUAUGUUAGAAGUGCAUGAAGGACCCAUAAAAGGUUUGCAUAUUGAGGCCAGAUCAGGAGACCCUUCUGAUGUUCCCUUUGCAGCAACACUGGAAUCAGUAACGAGUCACCCUGAAGAAUUAUCUCUCCUUCCUUCUUCAUCCCAGGAUGCUGGAGAUGCCCAACAUGUUUCUGAGACGCCAGCUUUACCAGAAACUUGUGAAAUGGCAGACACUAGAAACAAAGAUGCUUCUGACCUUAAAGAUGUUGCUAUGUUACCAGUUGCUGAGAAAGGUGGUGUUUUAUCUCCUGAUGUCUCUAUUAAGAAAUUCAAUGUUGCUGCUGAGAAUGGGAAAACUCUUCCACAAAGCAAUGCCUUGGGACAUCGCUUUCCAAUUUCAAUAGCUCCAAAAUUUGAUAUCAGUGGCACGAUAUCUAAGAUUCUUGAUGAGCACAAGGCAGCUAGAGAUCAGGGCAAGGAUUCUGAUCCUCCCAUUUCAAUAUCAUCGAGACGUGAAGCCUACAAAGAUGCUUUGCGACAAGGACUGUUGCAUUGUGAUAACAUAGAUGUUUCUUUUCAGGAUUUUCCUUAUUAUCUGAGUGAAAACACAAAAAAUGUUCUCAUUGCUUCCACAUACAUACAUUUGAAGUGCAAUAAAUAUGUGAAGUUCACUUCAGAUCUCCCUACAGUAUGCCCGAGAAUUUUGCUGUCAGGUCCUGCAGGUUCAGAAAUAUACCAGGAAACAUUGACCAAAGCACUUGCCAAAUAUUUUGGUGUUUCUCUUCUUAUUGUUGACACUGUUCUGUUACCUGGUGGACCGGCAAUAAAAGAAGCUGAUUCGGUGAAAGAAAGUACUAAAUUAGAGCGAGCAAUUGUAUAUUCCAGACGGAAUCUGCAUCUCAAAAAACCAGCUUCAAGUGUGGAGGCUGAUAUUACUGGGGGUUCUACUAUGAGCUCUCAGGCUCAACCCAAGCAGGAAGCAUCUACGGCUUCAUCUAAAUCCUAUACCUUCAAAAAGGGUGACAGGGUCAAGUAUGUUGGUUCUUUGCCAACAGGAUUUUCUCCUACUCAAACUUCCAUAAGGGGUCCAACCUACGGUUACAGGGGCAAGGUGUUACUUGCUUUUGAGGAUAAUGGCUCUUCCAAAAUUGGUGUUAGAUUUGAUAGAACAAUUCCAGAAGGUAAUGAUCUUGGAGGCCUCUGUGAAGAAGAUCAUGGUUUCUUCUGUGCAGCUGACUUACUCCGCCUGGAGAGCUCCAGUGCUGAUGACAUUGAUAAGCUUGCCAUUAAUGAGAUUUUUGAGGUAGCUUUGACAGAAUGUAAAACCAGUCCAUUAAUCCUGUUAUUGAAAGACGUAGAGAAGUCCAUGGUUGGGAAUUCUGAGGCUUAUGCAGCCUUUAAAGUUAAGCUUGAAUCAUUACCAGAAAACAUUGUUGUGAUAGCCUCACAUACUCAGACAGACAGCCGCAAGGAGAAAUCUCAUUCUGGUGGAUUACUUUUCACAAAAUUUGGAAGCAACCAAACAGCAUUGCUCGACCUUGCUUUCCCGGAUAAUUUUGGUAGAUUACAUGAUAGGAAUAAGGAAACUCCAAAGAUUCUGAAGCAGCUCAGCCGUCUUUUUCCAAACAAAGUGACCAUUCAGAUUCCCCAGGAUGAGGUGGUUUUAGUUGACUGGAAACAGCAGUUGGAUCGGGAUAUUGAAACAAUGAAAUCACUAUCAAAUAUUGGUGGCAUUCGCACGGUCCUAAAUCGAAUUCGUCUUGACUGCCCUGAUCUCGAUUCACUAUGUAUUAAAGAUCAAGCUUUGACUAAUGAAAACAUUGAAAAAAUUAUUGGCUGGGCGUUGAGCCAUCAUUUUAUGCAUCGCUCUGAAGACCUACUUAAGGAGCCAAAACUCGUCAUUUCAAGUGAAAGCAUCAACUAUGGGCUCAAUAUUCUACAUGGCAUUCAGAAUGAGAAUAAGGGCUCGAAGAAAUCUCUCAAGGAUGUGGUUACUGAAAAUGAGUUUGAGAAAAAGCUCCUUGCUGAAGUUAUUCCACCUGGUGAUAUUGGAGUCACUUUCGAAGAUAUAGGAGCAUUGGAAAAUGUUAAAGAGACCUUGAAAGAAUUGGUGAUGCUACCUCUACAAAGGCCAGAAUUGUUCAGCAAAGGACAGCUAACUAAGCCUUGUAAAGGAAUUUUGCUUUUUGGACCUCCUGGUACUGGUAAAACUAUGCUUGCAAAAGCUGUGGCUACUGAAGCUGGUGCAAACUUUAUCAACAUUUCUAUGUCCAGCAUCACAUCUAAAUGGUUUGGUGAAGGAGAGAAAUACGUGAAAGCAGUCUUCUCUUUGGCCAGCAAGAUAGCCCCUAGUGUUGUUUUUGUUGAUGAGGUUGAUAGCAUGUUAGGAAGACGAGAAAACCCUGGAGAACAUGAAGCGAUGCGCAAAAUGAAGAACGAAUUCAUGAUGAAUUGGGAUGGUUUGCGUACUAAAGAUAAGGAACGUGUAUUGGUGCUUGCAGCCACAAAUAGGCCUUUUGACCUUGAUGAGGCUGUAAUCCGGAGGCUUCCUAGGAGAUUAAUGGUCAACUUGCCUGAUGCUCAAAAUCGGGAAAAAAUAUUAAAGGUUAUUUUAGCUAAGGAGGAAUUUGCUCCAAAUGUUGAUCUUGGAGCAGUUGCUAGUAUGACAGAUGGAUAUUCAGGAAGUGAUCUAAAGAAUCUCUGUGUAACUGCUGCACAUUGCCCUAUAAGAGAAAUUUUGGAAAAGGAGAAGAUGGAAAAAGCAUUGGCACUGGAAGAGAAUAGACCAUUACCGCCAUUGCACAGCAGUGCAGAUGUUCGCUCCUUGAGUAUGGAGGAUUUCAAAUAUGCACACGAACAGGUAUGUGCAAGUGUGUCGUCAGACUCACAAAACAUGAACGAGCUGAACCAGUGGAACGAGCUGUACGGAGAGGGAGGAUCGAGAAAGAAGAAAUCACUAAGCUACUUCAUGUAGAAGAGUUUUCAAUAAUGGAGGUGUAUAAAUUAAGGGGUAUAAUGUAUGGAUGAUGUUUAGGGGUUAUUUAUUCUUCGUUCUGAGGUGGUUUGCAACCUGUGCUCAUAGAAAUCCAAUUUCAGGUUCCCUCUCUAUUUAAGUCCCUUGUUUUUUUUUUUUUUUUCUAUACACUACAGGUAUCUAGCGGAGUGAUAUUUUAUUUUUCUCUAUCUUCUCUGUAUAUUCAAUUUAAUUACUACAGUAUAUUGUACUGUAAUCAAUAACUGCCAUCUUUUCAGUUUUCA